UAAUUGAAAUGGCGCAUUUGGCUGCAGGCAGGUUGUGAGGGCGCUUUCUGCAGCAGCAUGCAUGCAUGUCCAUAGACGUCAUUUGAUUUUAACGGCCUGCAGGAAAUUUGGCGUUACAACUCCAGACAUUAAGGCAAGAGAGAGAGAGGGAGAGAGGGAGAGAAAGAGAGAGCGGGGACACGGGGAAAAUCACCGCAUGAAAGAUAUCGGUUCAAGGAUAUCUCUUCAUUUUCAACAUAUUUUUUCUUCUGGGACUUUAUCAACAAGUUACUGCGCCUUCACUGAAUGCCUCCCGAGUGAAGGACAAUGGCAGCUCGCUUGGCUUUAAACUUUAAAUUUAGGUUGGAGAUGGAGAUGGAAAUGUAUGCCUGCUAGCUGGAACAGCCUGGGGAACUAUUACAUCAGACGAAAUGACAAUGAUUAAAAUUUGCUUUUUGCUGCUCUAAAUCUACUGAGCGACUAACAGUUGCCUGUUAGGUUUCCUACCCCAUCUAAAGCACAACUUCACACCGUUAAGGGGAACGAUCUAGUUUUGCCGGGAAGAAAAUAAGAUAAGUUAUUAUAUCUGUGCAGUCAUAAUUUCUGGAUGUAGGGGGUAUCACGUUUUCUUCCCUGAGAAAAUUGCCUGGGCGAGAGAGUGGAGUUGAGCUAAUUGUAGCCUAAUCCCUGGCCCAGAGGCGCUCGGGCAGCCCGGAGCAAGAAUUUUCUUUUUUAGCUCUGCUCUGUUAUUUGGAGACGGAUUAUUGGCUUUCUUCUUCUCAUAACAAACCACAGGGGCAGUUUCAUUUAGGCAAAAAAGCGGACAAGAAGCUGAAAUACGAAGCGGGAUUCGAACAAGAGCGCACAUUUUUUACGCGUAUCCAAAUAAGAGCUGAGAAGGGGAAGGAGAUCAUCUCAUCUAUGUACAAGGAGGGAAGAAGCAUGUCACGGCUGUCUCUGACCCGGUCCCCGGUCUCUCCCCUGGCCGCUCAGGGGAUCCCUCUGCCGGCUCAGCUGACCAAGGCGAACGCCCCGGUGCAUAUCGAUGUCGGGGGACACAUGUACACCAGCAGCCUGGCGACCCUCACCAAGUACCCAGACUCAAGAAUCAGUCGUCUGUUCAAUGGCACCGAGCCCAUCGUGUUGGACAGCUUGAAGCAGCACUACUUCAUAGAUCGGGAUGGCGAGAUAUUCCGCUACAUUCUCAGUUUCCUCAGGACCAGCAAAUUGCUCCUACCAGAUGACUUCAAGGACUUCCAUCUGCUGUACGAGGAGGCUCGCUAUUACCAGCUGACACCUAUGAUCAAGGAGCUGGAGCGCUGGAAGCAGGAGCGCGAGCAACGACGACUGGCACAGCCCUGUGACUGCCUGGUGGUUCGCGUCACGCCAGACCUGGGUGAGAGGAUCGCCUUGAGUGGGGAGAAAGUCCUCAUCGAGGAGAUCUUCCCUGAGACUGGAGACGUUAUGUGUAACUCAGUCAACGCUGGCUGGAACCAGGACCCAACGCACGUCAUCCGUUUUCCUCUCAAUGGCUAUUGCAGGCUCAACUCUGUCCAGGUUCUGGAGCGCCUUUUCCAAAAAGGUUUCAGCGUGGCGGCGUCUUGUGGAGGCGGCGUGGACUCGUCUCAGUUCAGCGAGUAUGUGUUGUGUCGCGAGGACCGGCGGAGUCUCUCUCUCAACACUACCAUCAGGAUAAAACAGGAACCUCUGGACUAGAGCAUUCUAGGAGAGGGACUGCCAACAACCCCAAUACCCCUUCCAUCUUCUCACAUCACCCCACCCUGCCUAUCCCUGCCCCCUCCCUGCCCUAACAGAACCACAACCACCCCGCCUCCAACAUACCUAAGUAUUAGCAGAGGCUUGUUUACCUCGCCAGCUCUGCAGAACUCAAAGGGGAAUGUAAUACCAAACAAAGGAAAAAAAAAAAAGCAUCAGCAGCAAAAGUUUUUGAUUAUGUUAAACGCCCAAAGAAUUUGGGACUGUGAUGAAAGCAUCAACGACAACAAAUGGACUCAACAGCAGCUCACUUGAACCAUUUAAGCACUGGUUGACUUUUUUUUUCUUCAUCUUUUCAUGAAGAAGGUGACCUGAACACAACUGCCCCCUCCUUGCUUCCCAAUGCACUUCAUUCCCCUAACACACAAACACACAUCCCACUUCUCUGUCCCUCUUUCAGCAGUGCAUCAUCCAGUUCUGUGUCAGUUCUGUUUGAGGCCCAAGUCUUGUCUGAGUGGUAACAGGUCCGGCCUGCUGUGGGACUUAGUAGGUUCAGCAGACAGAACGUUCUUAAGGAUGACAGGGAGAGGAAACAAUCCUUAAAAGACCCCCAUUCCCCAGACCCCUCGACCCUCCAACCCCAUCCCACCUCACUCCACAGGCCUCGCCUCAGACGGCGGAGUCUCAUUGAAAACAGCAUCGUUUGCCAAACUGAUUGUUUAUUACAAUUUUUAUUGUUGUUUCUAAAGUAUGUUCUUCUUGCUCCUUUUGCUGUUCUUAUCAUGACAUGGUGUAAACAAUUAUUAUUAAUAGGAUUAUUUUUAAUGUCUCUUUUUUCCUUUCUCCAAUAUGAAGGAUGUAUGAACGUUGUAUUCAUUAGGCUUUGAGAGCUUGUGGGGGAACGUUUCUUGGCAGUAGCUGCAGAAACUCAGAUGUCUGCAGGCUAUGUGGCUAAAGCGAUCUGGCUGGCAAUGCAUUCAGAGUCGGAAAAAGUCCCAUUGUUCAUACUGGGAUGGAAGAGAACCUGGAUGUUUCAACAUUGUUUAUAGUCAAAUGUGUGGCACACAUAAAAAUAAGUGCUCUGGAAUUUCUGCUUAUUCGCUCUAAAACAUAUCUCUGAUCGGAUUCUCUCUCACGAGCACAAACCUUUGCUCACAUAUAGCUGAAGUUUAAGAAAGUUCAUUAUUUUGAAAUUGAAUUUGCACAAGCUCUAAAUGUAUUGCAGUUUGUUGAGUUAGAAUGUUAAAGACCUGACGACCAACAUGUUGAGCUGCCGUUUACUAGUAUGUCUCACAAUCAGCAAGAGACGUACUCUAAAUGCUUCAUGUUUCUUUGCACUUAAACAUCUCUUAUGGAGCUGCCCUGACCUGUUCCCACCCAACACUUGUUUGAACCCAGUGACCAACUGAGCUGUUUAUCUUCUCAUGUUUUAGCAGAAUAGGACAGUGAAACAUCUGAAACAGGCAGAACUUACAUGAGGUCAAAUACUGUAGGCAUCAAAGGAGAUAAGGUGCCUAUUUUGUUGAUUGUACAAGCAUAGAGACGUCAUCACUUUUUUACAGGUUACAACUAAAGGCGACACAAAGCAUUAUUCAAAAAUGUAUGAAGGGCACCAACAUUUGUUCCUUCAGGCCUCAAGUCUUGACAGUUUUGUUGAGAAUAGCUCACAGCACCUUCAGACAAAGUUUGAGAGACAAAGUCUUUGUUUGCUUCAAUAUUGUCACUUCUAAGCCGAGAUUAUUUUAUUGGUUCUUCACAUGUAUGUAUGGAACAACCCAAAGUGAACUGUACUCCCCACCAUCGGCAUGUUAUUCACAAAGAGGCGAGUGGGCGGCAUUUACUCUAUUCUGCUCUCAUUCUUUUGGUCUUAUUCUCAACAUUUCUGGAUCAAAGACAGAAACAAGACAGGCCAAGUUUUCAUGCUUUAUAUUUGUGUGCAACUUACAGAUGCUGUUUCUUCCAUUCCAAAAGACUAAUAAAAAAAGAAGAAGCCCAUUCUGAUCUUUUGCGGGCUCUGGCAGUUGUUUUAGUUUAACUGGAGUUGUUUUUUUAAACCAGUUGUUCAUUAAAAUGGGUGGUAGUUCUUCUGAUCAUGUUGUCCUAAUGUCUGCUCUCUUCGGAUGGCCACUGAUUAAACAAGGCCAAUGAGUGGAUAAGGAUGAGCUUGGUGUAAUUGCAGCUCCUAGUCCAGUGUACUCCUGCCUGGGGCUCUUUCUUACAAUCAAGCCCAUCUUUGUUGUGACCUGCCAGUGGCCUGCGCCUUUGCAUCCAGUCGCCUCAAAGGGAAUGGUCAACCAGGCCUUUCAUGUGCCGGGGCAUGUUGGGCUCUUCACAGCGUUCCCCCCCACCUCCGUCUUCCCAAAGGCUCCCAGCUCAGUGGUGCCAGUAGAAACUCGGGCUGCACCCCCUGCUGCUGUGUCAUUCCCAUGCCCUGGUUUUCAAAAUGCCCCCCUAUGUUGUGGCCUGCUGGACCACACCGCAACAAACCAAACAAACUGAUGAGUCAAAUCUGAGCAUACUCAGAACAUACUGUACAGCCAAGCGAUGUCACUCUGCUGCUGAUGUGGAGAGCUUUUAUCCAGUUGAUAUGAUGUGCGGAAACCCAUCUGAGUUAGUCCUUGAGGAAACAGAUGUUAAAUAAAGGAUCAGUGUUGUACUAAAACCACACAUCUGCAAGAAUUACUUUUGCUUCUGGGAGGAAGAAUUAAAGGCAUGUUUACGCACUGAUGUGGCAUUUUGAAAUCACAGGAAGAGCUACGGGGUCAUGCACAUAGGAAUGACAACACAAAUGACCGUUCGAACAUUACUCAUUCAAACACUUAAAGUAAGAUAAAGGAACAAAAGUUGCAGCUUUGGGUUUCUCAGUCUGCGAUACCCAAACCUGAAGUUCCCCUUUCACCUCUGUGUCUAAGUGGUCAGUUAACUACAGAGCAAGACAAACUUAACAGGAGUGGAAACUUCACCGACAUGUUCACACAUGCCACCCUUUCAGACGAAGUACUGGUCAGUGUUUCAGCCACUUCACACGGCAUCCACUCCAUUUCUGAGGCGGGUCAGUUGUACAGUUAUUGUAUAUUGAAUUAUCAAGACUCUGGGUUUUAUGGGACCCUUGUGUUUUUAAGAGACCUCUUAGUCCUCUUCUCAAAAAGAAUGAAAAGAAUUCAAAGCAUUACAUUGUGUACAUAUGGAUUAAGACAUUUCAAGGGUAUCAUAAGGUGCAAAUGUAUAUUAUUUAAAGUGUUUAAAACAAUUAGACUGUGGUAUUAAAGGGCAUGUGUUCAUUUACAGUGUCUCCAUUUGACUUUUCUUGCAUAUUUGAGAUAAUAAAAGGAUGUACUGUA